AUGCUACCCGCCUCAAUACGUUCAGCCUUGGUGGCGCUCACGCUUGCGUCGAUAUCCUCAGCGACAACAGUUUCGCUCUCGGCCUUCAUUCCGCGGAUCCAAAACCUCCCAACUUCUUGCAACACCGUUUACAACUCCGCCAUCUCGGGUUGCUCAGCCGACGACUUCAAGUCGGGCGCCACAUGUACCGCAUCCUGCCUGCGGGGUCUUUCAGCGCUCGCCGAGGAGGUGAAGGAUAAGUGUGCGGACGUCGAUGCGGGCGAGUUGAGCAUCAUCGGCGUCUUCCAGAACGGACUGGGUAUCCAGAGUCUAUGCCCAGGAGUAACUAUCGUAACGACCUCAAGCGAGACUGCCCAAAAGACGAGCACCAAGACAUCAGAGCAAGCAACAAGCACUCAGGCGGCCUUAACGUCUACAAGUUUCACAAACUCAGCAAUCGAAGCGACGUCAACUCCGUCAAGUUCAACUGCGGAUUCGGACGAUGGGGAUGAUGACGAACCGACCAGUUCAGCGCAACCGACAACUACGAGCUCGUCAACAGGGGGCUUGACGCUGGAUCCGAAUGCCACUGGAGCGUUCACGACUUCUGUCGCACCACCCACAGACACUGCGCAGGCGGCGGAUCCCACACAAGCACCGAAUGCCCAGCUGUCAAAUACUGACUCGGGCGGUGGCUCACCGUUUGACGUCGUUGCGGUAGGCGCAUCAUGGCAGCUCAAGGCUUCGGAUCUGUCGAUAGCAAGUCUAUCUGCAGUAGCCAUCGUGCUGCUCACGAGCAGUUGGUAG